CCUACGGUCAGGAGCUGAGAAAAGCCAAUAUGGGGUAGCUUGGGACUGUGGGAGACUGAGGCUGCUUGCCUGGGCCCCUGCUGGAACCUCUCUGGAGGCCCAUCCUACAACCCAAAGGCCUAUGUGGCUCCUUGUGGAUCCCUACAGCUCCCUCGGAGGCCCCUUCACUGGGCCAGGUCAUGCGCUGCCCCAAGUGUCUGCUCUGCCUGUCAGCGCUGCUCACACUCCUGGCCCUCAAAGUGUACAUUGAGUGGACAUCUGAGUCCCGACUCAGCAAGGCCUACCAAGGACCCCGGGGGACUCCACCCAGUCCCACGCUAGCCAGCACUGAGCCCACCCUGCCUGCCAACCUCUCUGUCCGCCUGGGCCAGACUGGCCCACUGCCCUCAGCUUACUGGAACCAGCAGCAGUGGCGUCUGGGGACCCUGCCUGGUGGGGACUGCCAGGCUUGGGGGACUGCUGCUGCCGCCGAGAUCCCUGACUUUGCCUCCUACCCUGAGGACCUGCGCCACUUCUUGCUGUCUGCAGCCUGCAGGAGCUUCCCGCAAUGGCUGCCUGCAGGUGAAGCUAGCCAUGUGGCCAGCUGCUCUGAUAAGGAUGAGCCCUACCUGCUGUUGGCUGUCAAGUCGGAACCAGGACGUUUUGCAGAACGACAGGCAGUGAGGGAGACAUGGGGUAACACAGCUCCUGGGAUUCGGCUGCUCUUCCUGCUGGGGUCGCCAUUGGGACAGGGGGGACCUGACCUAGGCUCACUGGUAGCCUGGGAGAGCCAGCGCUACAGUGACCUGCUGCUGUGGAACUUCAUUGAUGUCCCCUACAACAGGACACUCAAAGACCUGCUGUUUUUGGCCUGGCUAGGCCACAGCUGUCCCAGUGUAAAUUUUAUCCUGCAAGCUCAGGACGAUGCCUUCGUGAACAUCCCUGCCCUUCUGGAUCACCUGAAGGCCCUGCCGCCCACCUGGGCCCGAAGCCUCUACCUGGGUGAGAUCUUUACCCAAGCCAAACCCCUCCGGAAGCCUGGAAGACCCUUCUAUGUGCCUGGGUCCUUCUUUGAAGGUGGCUACCCAGCCUAUGCAAGUGGGGGUGGCUAUGUCAUUGCAGGGCGCCUGGCUCCCUGGCUGUUGCAGGCGGCAGCCCGUGUGGCACCCUUCCCCUUUGAUGAUGUCUACACUGGCCUCUGCUUUCGUGCCCUAGGCCUGGUGCCCCGGGCCCACCCAGGCUUCCAUACUGCCUGGCCAGCAGACCGUACCAUGGACCCCUGUGCUCUCCAAGGCCUGUUGCUGGUGCGGCCCCUCAGCCCCCAGGAUAACAUUCGGCUCUGGAGACAGCUGCAGGACCCUCAGCUCCAGUGCUGAGCCUGGGUGGGGAGCCAGAGUUGGCUGGGCCUGGGUACCUGCUUUCCCAGACCUCCUUCUAGGCUUGGAUGUGAGGCUCUAGGCAGAUCAGGACUGCUUGAGCCCCUCCUGAGCCCUCCAUGGCCAGGGAGGAUGAGGUGGAAGAUUGUUUUGUCUAUUUUCUGUUUUUGAAAAAUAUGCACUCCACUCUCAUACCUAGAGUUGUUUUUGAGUCUGUGGGGUCCCCAGAGUAGUACA